AUGUAUUAUUUUUGCUUUUGCCUAACUGUAUUUGUCAGAUUAAAAAUACUUAUUUUGCAGACGUCCUCAGAUCCUCGGUGCAAAGAUGUUACAGUCGUAGCAUUCAUCAUUUAUCCGGCAGCCGCGAACUCAUUCAAUGUUGAGUCGUUAAAAGGACAAGCAGUGUGCAAGCAACUCCGUGAUACAAUCGCAAAGAUUAAAGAAAACGUGGCAUCACGUAUGUUUGAGGCAUGCCAGAGAGGACAGCUUCCCGAAAUGAAGGACUUAUUAUCACCAGCUGAAAGCAUUCAGCUAAAGCGAUGUAUUUUAUCUGCUAAACGUGAUUGUCUGCCACCAAUUUGUACGCACAAUAUGCUCGAUGAUGCUGGUGAUCCCGUGCUGAACGCAUUUCGUAGAACACAGCUUAUCAAUCAGCACAGUGAUCGCGUUAAGGUGAUAUUCCAUCCAGAGUUUCUCUCUUCGGUUUCACCGUUAAUGAAUCUUGAUUACGAGGACUUUGUUCGCGGCUGUCAUAUUGGUGUCUUUCCCAGUUAUUACGAGCCUUGGGGAUACACUCCUGCUGAAUGCACAGUGAUGGGAGUGCCGUCGGUUACUACGAAUCUCUCGGGAUUCGGUUGCUUCAUACAAGAGCAUGUGCAAGGUCCAGAAACGUACGGUGUAUUCGUGAUUGAUCGUCGUUUUAAAGGAGCCAAUGAAUCGAUCGAUGAACUCGCUAAAGUUCUAUACGAUUUCACUCUACUAACAAGACGUCAAAGAAUCAUUAUGCGAAAUCGCACGGAACGUUUAAGUGAAUUGUUGGAUUGGAAAAAUCUUGGAUCGUUUUAUCGUGAAGCACGCAGAAUGGCACUGCAAAAGACUCAUCCGGAUUUGGUCCAGGUAAUUCAAGAAACGGCACGUCGAAUGCCUCGUCCCAUUUCGGCGCCUUCCACCCCUAGUACUAGUCGUCCUACAUCACCGCAUGGAAGUGAUCAUGAUGAUGAUGAUGAUGAUUCAGAUACCGAAGAACAAGAAGAAUUCGAAGCAAAAGCUUGGCAUGAGUUAUGA